AGGUUGGGAACUUUUCAGUCUCUUUUUAAAAACUUGCAACAAACUGUCUGCAAUUCAAGCAAGACCAGGAAGUGCAGGGGACAGUGUUCCUUCUUAUUACUGUAAGCAUUAUUACCAGCAACAUAAUGGCACUAAAGCUCCUAUACGCUGCUCUGCAAAUAAUAAAUUCAUCCUACAGGCUUACACUUAUCGCAGCCAGCAGGCAUAGGAAAGAUUGAAUUGGUUGGUUUUUUUUGUUCUGUAUGAAUAGAUUACUGAAAAUGAGUGACGAGAAGUGAAUCAAGCCUGGUGCUGAAAGAACUGAUUGGAUCCCAUCUAAUCCUUUCAUUCGUAACAUAUCUUAAUCAUCGUCGUCGUCGUCACCGGCUCUGCCUCCAAUCUCGGCCCCCUUUAAAGUUGAAAGAAAAAUGAUGGAAGACUCUCAUUUCAACUCAUCGUACUUCUGGUCCGCUGUCCCCACGGUGCCCGCACAGCUGGAGAAUGCCAUGUUUCUGAACAAGGUGAAGGAGCACCAGGAGAAGAACGCCUCGUUCCCUCCGCCUUCAGCCUCCCACUACCAGACGACUCUCCUCACCAUCCCAACUCCCGGAGGCAAGGCAGACGGAGGCGGGCAGGCCGGCGGCGCGCCACACCUCCACCCCCCUCACAGCACCCAGAACAUCACAGUGUUGCCCGUCCCCUCCGCGGGCAUCAUGACAGCAGCUGGACUGGUGAUCACGACACCUCAGGGAACGCUGGUCUCUCCCACGUCCUCUCAGUCGUUUGUCUCCGGUCAUCCAGCGACCACCAUGAUCGUUUCAGCGCUUCAUUCUACAGACAAGAAAGAAGGAGACGGGACGUCCCACGUAGUCGUGAUGCCGUCACCCUCCAAACGAGGGAGAAAGAAGAAGGCGACCAUGUCUAGAGUGACCACUCUGGGUGGGCCAGGAAACGACACACUAAUACUGACACACCUGACACCUGCUGGACAGGUGUCUUCUUUGCAGCAUCACACCGGAGAUCCAUACGAGCUGUCUAAUGAGGACGAAGGGCACGGCCAUAAGGACGCCACAAAGACAUACAGGUGCCGGAUGUGUGCGGCGACCUUCUUCAGUAAGUCUGACAUGCAGAUCCACUCCAAGUCGCACACAGAGGCCAAACCUCACAAGUGUCCUCACUGCGCCAAGUCUUUCGCCAACUCGAGCUACCUGGCCCAGCACAUCCGCAUCCACAGCGGGGCCAAGCCUUACACCUGCUCCUACUGUCAGAAAUCUUUCAGGCAGCUCAGUCACUUACAGCAGCACUCACGUAACCACACGGAGUCCAAACCCCACAAGUGUCCCCACUGUACGAAGUCCUUCGCCAACUCCAGCUACCUGGCUCAGCACGUCCGCAUCCACACCGGAGUGAAACCUUACUCCUGCUCGUACUGCGACAAGUGCUUCAGACAGCUCAGUCACCUCCAGCAGCACAGCAGAAUUCACACCGGGGAUCGGCCGUACAAAUGCAUCCAUCCAGGCUGUGAGAAAUCCUUCACACAACUAUCAAAUUUACAGUCCCACCGGCGUCAGCACAACAAAGACAAGCCGUACAAAUGCCCCAACUGCAAUAAAGGAUACAUAGACGCAGCAAGCCUGGAGGUGCACAUGUCCACACACACUGUCAAACACGCCAAGAUCUACUCGUGUGGUCUCUGCAACCGCUCUUAUACAUCAGUAAGACAAAUGUCCAUUUCUGAAGAGCAUUUCUACAUGAAACACUAUGAAACGCCGCACUGGCAUCAGACGCCUGGCAGCUACUUUACACCGUGUAGUCAUGUGUCCACUGUUUCCCCUUUACCUAUCCCCCCCUCAUCUCAGGAGACGUAUCUGGUGAAACACAUGGAGAAACACAACCCAGACCAGUUGAACGCCCCCGCAGGCUCUGGGGCACAGUCGUCGCAACAGAGGCAAAGCCAGGGCCAGGCUGGAGCUCAGAGCCGGGGGGAGAGCACAGACGGAGGGUCGCGCCGAGCCGCGGGGAGCUCGGCGGCAGGCGGAGGUCAGCAAGGACAAAGCCAGAGCAGCUACCCCCAGACAGACGCCAUGCCCUGUCCGUUUGACCUGCACCAGUAUAAAACGGUGUCGGCUGGCGACAUCCAGUACAAACCAGUCAGCGUGGCGGACCUCAUUUCCCACAAAGACCUCUGUCUCACUGUGUCGGCGUCCACAAUCCAAGUGGAACACCUCAACUCUUAGAGGCGAACGAAGGAAGCCGCCGGUCGGGAGGUACUUGAAUCAAGAGUAAAGUCAAUCCGAGGACGGAGAGUCAAAGGAUUAAAGCAAUACUAGGAUAAAUAUAGAAGCUCUGCAACACGUGACUGUGCUCGAACGCUGAGUCCAGGCAGACAGGACAACAUAUUUGCUAACAUGUUAUAAUGAAGACUGUUUUAUUUUCUUCUUUUUUUUUUUUUUUUUUUAAAUUGGUUUUCGUUUCUGCCAUGUUUUCUCUGUUUCCCCUUUCUGCUUAGUUUUUUUUUCUGUCUUGAGUGGAAACUGCAUUUAAAGACUAAGUGUGUUUCAAUCCAUCACAGUGAUGGUUUUAGGAUGGGAUCUGUCCAAGAUAACUUGUUUCUUUUUAUUGUUACCACAAAAAAAAAAAAAAAAAAAAAAAAAAACAUCUUCCAACCAGACACAGGUUUGACCACAGCAGCCAUGAAAGUAGGCAGUUAACUGUGAAGGUAAUUUUUUAUACUUUCAUACAGCGUUUCAGUUUUUACAUCACUGUUAUUGCCUCUGCUGUCGGUAUAGCAUACGUGCUUUUGAUCUUUUAAACCUAAGAAAGGGAUCUAAACGGUGAAUUCCUUUUCAGGAAAAAAACAAAAAAAAACAAUCAAGUAUGUAAAGAUAUAUACUACCACUUUAUUAAGUAUGAUUGAAUAUCUAAUGAGUUAAAAGAUAAAUUUAUUUACAAGUUCACAUGACCUUUUGAAGAAAUAAAGCACUUCAGCUGUCAUGUAAUCAAGUGUACUACUUUGUGUGUAUGUCUGUAAGGUAAUGUUAUCCAAAUGUGCUCUUGCUAUAAUACUUCCACAUUAACAAUGUUUAUAAUGCUUCUUUACAGAAACAUUAACUCAUUUAAAGUUUGUGCAGCUCUUCUUUAUGCUUAAAGUACAAUAAAGAAUAUAAAAAUA